UGUUCUAAUAUUUUGGACCAGUGAAACACUUGGAUAGAUGUUUUGUGAGAGAGCGAGAGGGAGGGUGCUUCUGGAGCUGCAAGGCGCAAAAGAUGGCUUCGCUAUCCAUUACGAAUGCCCUGAAUCCCCUCCUUAACAAACCAUCACAACCCACUCUUAAGGUAAACAUGGGCCAAGGCAAGUGGACUUGCAAGAAGCCCGACAUUCACCCUCAGUUUUAUGAAGAUGCCAAGGUUUAUUGUAAUGGUGAGCAUGUGUUUACCACAGGUGGAACCAAACCAGAGUAUGCGGUUGAUGUGUGGUCAGGAAACCACCCAUUUUACUUGGGUAAUAGAUCUGCUCUUGUUGUUGAUGAUGAUCAAGUGGAGAAAUUUAGGAAGAAAUUUGGGGCGUUGUCUGACUUGAUGGAGAUUCCGGUGCUAAAAUAUGGUGAAAUUAUUCUGCCCACCAAGAAGAAAUCAGCUAAGGGCAAGGGCAAGAAGUAGUAUUUCUCUCAACUUUUGGUCUAUUGUUGCUUGGUUGUAAUAUUUGUAAUUGUUUAGGAUGCUUUUAUGUACUAAGAUUAGGUAUUCGGGACAUAUUGAAAUGGGUUUUCUUUUUACUCUGUUACUUUUCCCGUUCUUAAAAGAAAGGGAUGAUCACCAUUUUGCAAACAAAUACUCUUUAUUUUA